AGAUCGAGGAGUUGGUGCAGUCCAAGAUCGACGAUAAAGUCUCCCAGAUGGACGAGAGUUCUGCUUCUACACAACUCUCGACAACCGAAGUUAACAGCCUAUAUCUAGAGGUUGUCCAUCCGGAUGCCAAGGGCCGUAUCUAUGGUAUCGGCACCUUGGCAUCUCAACUGGGCGGGGGAGAAACUUCUGCUCCGGCGAUUACUCACCAUGUCGCGCUAACGCGUCAAGUGGAAGAGUUGAAACGCUCCCAAGAGCGGACGAAUGCAGAACUGGCAGAGGCCCGGGCGAAGAUCGAAGAGUUCGAGCAACAUCGGGAGAAGCUACAGAAGCUCUCCGAGACCGAAGCGAGGAUCGUACGCUUCGAGGAGAUGAUGCAGCGCCUCACACCGUUCAUGCCGCCUAUAUUCGACCAGUAUGGCUUUCCGACGACAUCUCGGCAGCCAGAUGCUCCUGAGGACGAUCCAGAGGACGCACCCACCAAUCUCGACAACGAUGCACCGGUAGAUCCGUAG